AUGGCCACUGCUCAGAACAGGUCCACCGAGCCCACGCCGUACCUGUGUCUCAAGUCGCGCUGGCUGCUUGCUGUUUGGAACGAGUGGACGCUUUUCGGGGGGCUGGUGUUGACCAUCGUGCUGCUGGACGGCCGCUCGGCGUCGUCGAGUUCCGGGUCGUCUAGCUCGCCGCUGAACACGGCUCUUUCGGUUGCUUCCAACACAGACGUGCACAACGUCCAGUCCGUGCUGUUGGACGGUUUGGAGACCGUCGUGGCCAACGAUCUGACGGCCCAAGCCGCGUACCUCAACUCCACGCUCAACGACACAAUCACCACGGCGUACGCGGCGGUCGCCGCCAUUGACCUGCGCCCGAUUCUGCAGCAGCUCGCCGACUCGAUCAACCGCACCGUCACGACGUCGCUCGCGUCGCAAAACAGCGCGCUCGGGGCGCUCAAGUCUAGUCUCGAUUCCCAGGCAGUGUAUGUUGGAAGUUCAGUGAGCUUGGACAAAAUGAGUAUAAAUUAUACAUGGGUCGGCAGCUAUCUGGAGAACGAAAUACAGAACCGCACGGUAACCAACGCGUACGAGAAAUACUUCGAGAACCUCCGCGAUUACUUUGCUUUUUUCGACUCUCUCACAAACGAGACGCUCCACAACGUUUCUGCUGUCUUUGACCUGAUGGACCUGUCCGGCCCUGAUAUCUACAACUACUCCAUUUCGAACGGGUCAGCGCUGCACCUGGCGUACUCGAGCUCGGCAGCCUCAAGAGAUAAUAAAGCGGUGUACGUUCUCGCUGCGUUGAUGAUUAUUUUCGUGGUAGCACAGAUGCUGCUUGACUGGCUACGCUUUGCACAUGAGCAGAAACAGGCGGCGUGUUUUCCGUUCGAGGCCACGGAAAAGACGGACUUCUUAGAGUACACCUUCCGAACCGUCGAUUUCGAGGCGUUCAAGCUCGCAGAGGUGCUUGUGCCGUUUCUGGGGGAUAGCAUCAGGCUGAAUUUUCUUGCGUCCUUCUGGCUUGGAAUGCGGUCGAACGCGAAGAAUCUGCUAAAAUACAUAAUUUUCUCACUGCUUCUGUAUUCCUGUUGGACACAGAAGACUUCCUCUUCAGUGGGCGUUACCCUGAGCGGGGACACGCGUCUACACAACACGACGCACACGCUGAAAACCGAUUUUGGAGCUGGGUCGCAAGCGCUUCUGGACGAUAUCCGAGGAAUCUACGAAGACUUCGGGGCCCACGUGCGACAGUUCCUCGAAGAAGAAGGCCUGGCGCCGUUUGUGGCGUACGACGGGCCGAACUCCUCGUUUUUGGCCGACCUUAGCUGGCCCAACGAUAUGGCAACAGAGCUGACUGUCGCUGUGAAUAGCACGGUUUCGCCGGGCAAACUCCACCUCACCCAGUCGGCCGUCCGCAGCACCCGCUCCCUGCUGUACUACGCGUUUGCGCUCUGCGUGGCGGCCACGCUCACGAUGGUGGCCGUCAGCGUCUACACGCUCCGGCAGCCGGGGUUACCCGCACGUAGUUUUCGUUAA